AUGCCUAAAACGAAAAAGAUAAAGAAGAAUGGUCCACCUCCAGAAGGAUAUUCCAAAAUAGAACCAACAUUAACUAAAUUCCUUUCUAAAUUAAAACAAGCUCAAUCAGAUCAAGAUAAAACCAAAAGUAAACAUAGUUCAUUAUGGAAAGUAUUUCAAUUAAAUCAUCAAAUAUCAAGAUAUGUUUAUGACUUAUAUAAUUCUCAAAAGAUAUCUCGUGAUCUUUAUGAUUGGUUACUUUUGCAAAGUUAUGUAAACCGAGAUUUGAUUGCAAAAUGGAAAAAACCAGGAUAUGAAAAAUUAUGUUGUGUUCAAUGUAUAGUAGAGAAGAAUUAUGGUGGGACUUGUAUAUGUCGUGUGCCGAAGGAGAAACUUAUUGAGAAUGAUCCUGAAAAAGUUAAGACUGAAUGUAUUACUUGUGGAUGUAAGGGGUGUGCUUCUACUGAUUGA